ACGCUGCCUGCAACGUGACAACUUAGGAAAGUCACAAUGUAAUUGGUUGGAAGAACUGUAGAAGCAGUUGCCGACAUACUGACGUUGAAUGUGUUGUGCUGUUGAUUAUUUACAUUUGAAGAGCAAGUGCGAAGCAAAAUAGCUGAAGAAAAUUAUUACACUUAAUAGAAUUUCAGAGAGUCUAUAUGUGCCAUUUAUGGUUUCAAGUUUGUUGUUCGCACUUAGUUCAGUUGUUUAUUCGCCAUUGAACGUUAUGAUCUGAUGUGUCAAGGUGUUGAGAGGCAGUAGAUCUGAUAUUUUCGUUCCAAACAUAAUUCAGGAUGCAUUCUAUUGAAGAACUCGGGACAAACGUUCCCGCAUUCCUAGCAAAAUUAUGGAAAAUGGUUGAAGACCCUCAGACGAAUGACUUAAUAAGUUGGAGUUCGACUGGCACAAGUUUCUUUAUACGCGACCAGGCUCGAUUUGCUCGAGAACUGUUACCUUUGUACUAUAAACAUAACAAUAUGGCUAGCUUUGUUCGGCAGUUGAACAUGUAUGGUUUCCAUAAAGUUGUGUCAAUUGAAAGUGGUGGUUUGAAAGUUGAUAAAGACGAGAUGGAAUUUGCACAUCAGUGUUUCCUAAUGGGUCAUCCUUACCUGUUGGAGCACAUUAAAAGGAAGAUACCUGUUAACAAAACAGAAGAUGGCCGUUCGGGAACAAAGCCAGAACUUGUAAAUAAGGUUUUAAAUGAAGUAAAAAAUAUGAAAGGACGUCAGGACACUUUGGAUUCUCAACUUGCUGCAAUGAAAAGAGAAAAUGAAGUUCUGUGGAGGGAAGUGGCUGUAUUAAGACAAAAACACAUGAAACAGCAACAAAUUGUGAACAAGUUAAUUCAAUUCCUCGUAUCAAUGGUGCAGUCAUCACGAAAUGGAGGCAUUGGAGUGAAGAGGCAUUACCCCCUUAUGCUCAAUGAUAUCACAAAUCGACCAAGCAAGUCACCCAAGCUGAGUGAAGACACUUCAGAAAUGAAUUCUGUUACAGAUAAUCACUCUCCUACUGGGCCAGUCAUUCAUGAAUUAGAUCCAACAGAACUGCUGGACGACUGUGGAACAGUUACGGAAGAGAUGCCUAACAAUGAUUUCCUAGCAUCAAAUCUAUACAGUGCUGAAAUUGGUGAAGUGCGUAGUCCAGCAUCUCCUGCAGAGAAAACUCAGAACACGAGAAACUCUACAUUGGAAGAUCCUGAUGUACUGUUAGAACUGGCUGAAGAAUAUCCAUUAAAUCCAGAAAUUCUUAUAUCAGUUUCUGAAACAGAUAAUUUGACAGAAAAUGUAUCAAAAACACAGAAAUCAAAAGUGAAAAUAGAAAGUUCAAAGGCAAAGAAGCGCAAAAGUAAACUGCUGAAUAAUCUUAAACAUAAAACUGUACCUCAGAAGAAAUAUCAACUUGACAGGUCCAUUACACUGGAGAGAGUUAAUGACAAAGUAAACUCCUACGUAUAUGAAAAUAGUGGGAAGACAAUACCAAAAAGUGGAACAGAUGACAUUGAGAUAUCUUUGGUGGCUGCAAAUGAUGCUGCUAUUUCUGCUAUUAGUAAUGCAGCAGCAGCUGCUGCAGCAGUAGCAAAGACUGAGACUGAUACAUUAGGAUCAUCAGAUUGCAAAACAUUUGUUCCAAGUGAGCCUUUGAAUAUUGACAAAGUGCCACCAUCCAGUGCUUCAAAUGGAGAAGCGAACUUGACUCUUGCAUGUGCUGGCAACAAUGCAUCUGAGAAUUUUAUUAACAGAGAAGAACUGGACUCCCAUCUGGAUUCAAUGCAGAAUGAUCUGGAUGGUCUGAAGGAGUUACUGAAAGGUGAAGGCUACAGUUUGGAUGCCAACACCCUUCUGGGGGUACGUCAAACCGUGCUUGGCCUUGAAAAAGAUGCCAUGCUAAAGCUAUUUGGAGGAGAUGACCUUAUUUCGUAUGGUAUUCAUCUAGCUCCAGGACCAGAAGGUGAACAAAAACGUAAAGAUAACAAUGUGGCUGAUCCACUCGUUUCAGGAAGUGAGUUAAUGACAUAUCCUGGGGACAUUUUAGACUUUUCUGAUAUGUGCCAGAGUUCAGAGGAAGAAUGGAUUUUACCUGGAUCACCACCAGACUUCCACUUCAAUAGUGGGUCACCUUCAGCCAACCCAACUACAGAUCUAGCAACGCCUAGUCCGCAGAGUCUGAACACCCCUAAAAUAUGUCAAUGAAUUUUACUUUCUGCUUGUAAAAUUUGUCUGCCUGGUAUUAUUUAUAGAUUGUGAUCUUAGCUGCUAUACAUUUAACAAAUAUUGUUUUAUAUGUAAACAUACACACAAAUGUAAAAGCAUCUGGAAUAAGCGAUUAUAUUCAGCCAGCUACAAUGUUUACUGGAACAGCUGAGUGUUCUAGGACUGUUAUUGAAACUGUGUUACUUCUGUGCUUUUAAAUGUGCAUUUAAUGUUGUAAUCUAGUUUUGGUAUUGGAUACGGUCAUAGAAAGUGUAAAUAAAAAUAAUUGUAUAAAAAGAAACUCAUACUUAUGGAAGUAAUGGAGCUACUACUUGCACAUAUGUAUUUAUGAAAGCUGUUGUAUGACAAUAGCAUGUACAAUUACAUGGGUGAAAACAUGGAUGUUUUUGUAUAAUACAUAUCUUGUUCAUGCGCUUUCACUAAAAUGAAAUUUUGUACACACAUUACUUUUUUAUUUUCAUAAAAUUCUAAUUGGCACAAAC